GAUGAUUUAUCAGACUUGCGUUGCUGUUAAUUUCUGCCACGACCAUAAUUGCAUACAUCGUGACGUAAAACCGGAAAAUAUUCUCGUCUCCUCAAAGGGAAUCGUUAAAUUAUGCGAUUUUGGUUUCGCUCGUUUAUUAACUGGUCCUGGUGGUGAAUAUACCGAUUACGUUGCGACGAGAUGGUACAGGGCACCAGAAUUACUUGUCGGUGAUACCCAAUACGGUCCUCCAGUCGAUAUAUGGGCGAUUGGUUGCGUGUUUGCUGAAUUAAUAACUGGUCAAGCUCUGUGGCCAGGUCGAUCUGAUGUAGAUCAAUUAUACCUAAUCAAGAGAACCUUAGGCGACCUCAUUCCUAGACACGUUGAAGCUUUCAGCAAGAAUCCUUACUUCAAGGCCAUGACUAUACCUAAUCCUCCGGACCGAGAUCCAUUAGAAGCGAAAUUCUCAGGAGUCACAGCGAAUACUUUAAAUUUUAUGAAAAUAUGCUUUGCUAUGGAUCCGGAGCAGAGAGCCAGAUGUACAGAUCUCCUGAACCAUCCAUAUUUCUCAAGGCCUUUCAUACGCGAUAUGGAACAAUUAUUGGAAAGUACUGGACGUGACCACGCUCCCUAUAGGCCACCUAGGAGGCAUGGCCAACACGGUGUAGAGAAAGGUCAACAGAGAGGUCCCAAAGCAACGCCAUUUGAAAAGGGACUACCUUCCUUAUCUGUCGGAAUUUCACUAAAAGACAAUUCACCAAUUCCGGGCAUGUCGAAAAAUAAGAAAGAUAAGGACAGGGAUCAUCUUCCUCACAUUUGA